AUGACUACAAGAAAGACAGCUUCCUCUCUUCAGCUUUUAGGGAAAAUCACAGGAACAAAAGCUGGAACUAAGCAAAAGAAGAUGAAUUUCAUUAAUGGACUGAUAUGGUUAUAUAUGUGUGUGUGGAUGGUACACGGAAAAGUGACGCAGAAGGAUGAAUUGAAAUGGAAUAAAGGAUACUCGCUACCAAAUUUGCUAGAAGUGACAGAUCAGCAAAAAGAACUUUCACAAUGGACUUUGGGUGACAAAGUAAAACUUGAAGAAGGGAGGUUUGUUUUAACUCCUGGAAAGAACACAAAGGGUUCACUUUGGUUGAAACCUGAAUAUUCAAUAAAGGAUGCAAUGACAAUAGAGUGGACGUUUAGAAGUUUCGGGUUCAGAGGCAGCACAAAGGGGGGUCUUGCAUUUUGGCUGAAGCAAGGAAAUGAGGGAGAUAGUACCGAGUUAUUUGGUGGAAGUUCGAAGAAGUUUAAUGGUUUGAUGAUAUUGUUACGAUUAGACGAUAAGUUGGGAGAGAGCGUGACAGCGUAUUUGAAUGACGGAACAAAAGAUCUUGAUAUUGAAUCCUCACCGUACUUUGCGUCAUGUCUGUUCCAAUACCAGGAUUCCAUGGUACCAUCAACAUUAAGAUUGACUUACAAUCCACUAGAUAAUCACUUGUUAAAGUUGCAAAUGGACAACAGAGUGUGUUUCCAGACAAGGAAAGUUAAAUUUAUGGGCAGCAGCCCAUUUAGGAUUGGAACAAGUGCUAUCAACGAUGCAUCCAAAGAAUCGUUUGAAAUCUUGAAAAUGAAGCUUUAUGACGGAGUUAUAGAGGAUUCGCUAAUUCCUAACGUGAAUCCUAUGGGACAACCCAGAGUGGUUACUAAAGUGAUCAAUUCUCAAACUGGUGAAGAGAGUUUCAGGGAAAAGAUGCCAUUUUCUGAUAAGGAAGAAAGUAUAACGAGUAACGAGCUUUUCGAAAAGAUGAACAAGUUGGAGGGGAAAAUCAUGGCAAAUGAUAUCGAUCCAUUACUCCGCAAGAUGAACAAGAUUGUGGAGAAUGAACGUGAACUGAUUCAACGUUUAAGACCACUGUUAGAUCUGAAGAAAACAGCCAUAAGUGACGAUAGUUUCCAAGAUUUUCUUUCGAUGAACGCAAACCUGGACAGAUUGAUAAAAGAACAAGAAAAAAUUCGACAAGAUGCCAAGCUGUAUGGCAAGCAGACCAAAGGUCAUGAUGAGAUAUUUUCCAAAAUAAGUGUAUGGUUGGCACUGCUGAUUUUCAUUAUGAUCACAUUGGCGUACUACAUGUUUAGAAUUAACCAAGACAUCAAGAAGGUCAAACUUCUGUAA